AUGAAACAAGCAGAGCGAAUCUUCAUACUGCCCCAAAAUGCGGAGGGUCAACAAGAUCUCAAAAUCAUAACUCUGCCCCAUCCGCGAACGGGUGCUGCUGCCCGGUUUAUGGUGCGGUCGGGGCAGGUCCUUGAGAUACAGAAGGUGACCGAGCGAUACCGCUGCUGGUUCAAGGACAACUACGUGCACAAAGAUGGCAGUCUGUUCAUUGCCACGGAGGUGGACCCGCUCUUCCUGCUCGUGCCUCUUUUGGAGAAGAACCGAAAGCAGACAUCCGAGAGUGCAGGCUACUUCUGUGAGAAGGAUCAAAUCCUAACCGAGGACUUCGAGGCCUACCCUGGCUAUGCUCACUUUCUCGAGUGGCCCACGCUUCCGUUGGGGCUCGUGUGCGACACUAAAGGCAGUCUGCGAGGCGGCGCCCGAGCUGCCAAUUACCGGGACUCCACUCCCCUGACCGAUGCCGAACUGACAAAGGCCGCCAUCGGAUUCAUAUCUGACUACAUCAACAACGACUGGCAGACGAAGCUGUGCGAGGCCUAUGGCUUUGGUGGGAAUGCGGAGGUCUACGAGUGGGAGCAGGACGAGAUUAGCAAGUACGCCUAUGACGGAGGCGCGGCCAAGACCGCCGAACCCAAGACGCCGCAGAAGUCUCUGGCGCAGAAGAAGUUGGAGAAGGUGGACAAGCGAGGGAUGAAGACGCUCACCAGCUUCUUUGCCGUCAAGAAGAAAGAGUAA